AUGGAGCCCACCGUGGCUGACUUGCAGCUCGUGCCCCGGGCAACCAAGGAAGUCCCUGCCCCAGACGCCGCGUGCUGCCGAGUGGCUGUCACCGGACUGGUGGCCACCGUUGCGGUCGUCCUCACCCUGGGAGUCCUUUUGGCCUUCCUCUCCACGCAGGGCGUCCACGUGGACCACACGGCCGAGCUGCAGGGCGUCCGCUGGGCCAACAGCUUGCAGCAGGAGGCCUCGGACUAUCACCGCACGCUGACGCCCGCCCUGGAAGCGCUGCUGCACUUUCUGCUGCGUGCCCUGCAGCCGCUGAGCCUGGCCCUGGUGGAGGAGCUACUGCAGCAGGGGGUCCGGGCAAGGCUGCGGGAGCACAACAUCCCCCUGGCGGCCUAUGGCACCAUCGUGUCGGCCGAGCUCGUGGGAAGCCAGGGGGGGCCGUUAGCAGAAAGAGACUUAAAGUCAGGCCACUGUCCAGGCAGCGCCUUUUCCUGCUGGAACAGCCAGUGCGUGGCCACAGCGAACCCGGAGUGCGACGACAGAAUGGACUGCUCCGACGGAUCCGACGAGGCGCGCUGUGACUGUGGCUUGCAGCCCGCCUGGAGGACAGCCGGCAGGAUCGUGGGAGGCAUGGAAGCGUCCCCGGGGGAGUUCCCUUGGCAAGUCAGCCUUCGAGAAAACAAGGAGCACUUCUGCGGGGCCACCAUCAUCAGCGCCAGAUGGCUGGUGUCUGCCGCCCACUGCUUCAACGAGUUCCAAGACCCGACGGAGUGGGUGGCCUACGUGGGCACGACCUACCUCAGCGGCUCGGAGGCCAGCGCCGUGCGUGCCCGGGUGGCCCGGAUCGUCAAGCACCCGCUCUACAACCCGGACACGGCCGACUUCGACGUGGCGGUGCUGGAGCUGAGUGACCCCCUGCCCUUCGGCAGGGACAUCCAGCCCGUGUGCCUCCCGGCCGCCACGCACAUCUUCCCACCCGGCAAGAAGUGUCUGAUCUCGGGCUGGGGCUACCUCAAGGAGGACUUCUUGGUCAAGCCCGAGGUGCUGCAGAAAGCCACCGUGGAGCUGCUGGAUCAGGCCCUGUGCGCCGGCCUGUACGGCCCCUCGCUCACGGACAGGAUGGUGUGUGCCGGCUACCUGGAUGGGAAGGUAGACUCCUGCCAGGGUGACUCGGGAGGCCCCCUGGUCUGCAAGGAGCCCUCUGGCAGGUUCUUUCUGGCUGGCAUCGUGAGCUGGGGAAUCGGCUGUGCGGAAGCCCGGCGCCCGGGGGUCUACGCACGCGUCACCAGGCUGCGGGACUGGAUCCUGGAAGCGACCACCACGGCGAGCCUGCCUCUGGCCCCCACGGCGGCUCCUGCCCCUGUCACCCCCGAUGCUGCCUGGCCUACCAGCCCCGAGAGCCCCGUGGUUGACACCCCCACCAAACCCACGCCAGCCCCCAGCACUGUGCCUCGAGACCCUGUCAUCACCCCUAAGCCACAAGAGUGCGGGGCCAGACCCGCGAUGGAGAAGCCCACGCGGAUUGUGGGCGGGUUCGGAGCUGCGUCCGGGGAGGUGCCCUGGCAGGUCAGCCUGAAGGAGGGUUCCCGGCACUUCUGCGGAGCCACGGUGGUAGGGGACCGCUGGCUGCUGUCUGCCGCCCACUGCUUCAACCACACCAAGGUGGAGCAAGUGCGGGCCCACCUGGGCACGGUGUCCCUCCUGGGCCUGGGCGGAAGCCCGGUGAAUAUCGGGCUGCAGAGGGUGGUGCUGCACCCGCUGUACAACCCGGGCACCCUGGACUUCGACCUGGCCGUCCUGGAGCUGGCCAGCCCCGUGGUCUUCAACAAGUACAUCCAGCCGGUCUGCCUGCCCCUGGCCAUCCAGAAGUUCCCCGUGGGCCGCAAGUGCAUGAUCUCCGGGUGGGGCAACACGCAGGAAGGAAACGCUACGAAGCCCGAGCUCCUGCAGAGGGCGUCCGUGGGCAUCCUAGACCAGAAGGCGUGCAGCGCGCUCUACAACUUCUCCCUCACGGACCGCAUGCUCUGCGCCGGCUUCCUGGAAGGCAAAGUCGACUCCUGCCAGGGUGACUCCGGGGGCCCCCUGGCCUGCGAGGAGACCCCUGGCGUGUUCUAUCUGGCGGGGAUCGUGAGCUGGGGGAUCGGCUGUGCGCAGGCCAAGAAACCCGGUGUGUACGCGCGGAUCACCAGGAUGAAGGGCUGGAUCCUGGAGACCAUGUCCUCCCGCCCCGUCCCCGUGUCUCCCCCCUUGACCAUGAGGACACCGGUCACCAGCAGCCACCCCCCCAGCACGACAGCUGGCCUCACAGUCCCGGACAUCACCACCCACAGACCCACCCCUGGGGCCACCAGCCAACCUGCCAAUGCGACUGUAUCCGCCAUGAGCACUACUGCUUGGGGACAGACGCCACUGCCAGACGCCCCUGAGACCACCACGCGCUCCCAGCUACCAGACUGUGGCCUGGCGCCGGUGGCAGCGAUGACCAGGAUCGUGGGUGGCAGUGCCGCAGGCCUCGGGGAAUGGCCGUGGCAGGUGAGCCUCUGGCUGCGGCGCCGGGAGCACCGCUGUGGGGCCGUGCUGGUGGCGGAGAGGUGGCUGCUGUCGGCGGCGCACUGCUUCGACGUCUACGGAGACCCCAAGCAGUGGGCGGCCUUCCUGGGCACGCCGUUCCUGAGCAGCGCUGAGGGGCACGUGGAGCGCGUGGCGCGCAUCUACAAGCACCCCUUCUACAACCUCUACACGCUCGACUACGACGUGGCGCUGCUGGAGCUGGCCGGGCCCGUGCGCCACAGCCACCUGGUGCGGCCCAUCUGCCUGCCCGAGCCAGCGCCACGGGCCACCGACGGCGCGCGCUGCGUCAUCACCGGCUGGGGCUCGGUGCGCGAGGGAGGCUCCAUGGCGCGGCAGCUGCAGAAGGCGGCCGUGCACCUCCUCAGCGAGCAGACGUGCCGCCGCUUCUACCCGGUGCAGAUCAGCAGCCGCAUGUUGUGCGCCGGCUUCCCGCAGGGCGGCGUGGACAGCUGCUCGGGUGAUGCUGGGGGCCCCCUGGCCUGCAGGGAGCCCUCUGGCCGGUGGGUGCUAACUGGGGUCACCAGCUGGGGCUACGGCUGUGGCCGGCCCCACUUCCCGGGUGUCUACACCAGGGUGUCGGCUGUGAGAGGCUGGAUAGGGCAGAACAUCCAGGAAUGA